GCAUUUCACUUUUCUAGGGUUUAGCGAAGCAUCCCUCCUUCAAUUCACGCCAUUCCAAUUCCAGUGGAUGAUUCCUUUUGCGGGUGCAAACCCCUCUUCACAGCAAUGCCAUCAAACACAAUAUAGCAGAGAUUGUCUGUUUUCUGGUCGUAAUUGUAGUUUCAGGGCUGGGGUUGAAGUUUGUGGCUUUUGAAAGUACUGGACCGCUGUGUUUGUUUUCCGAGCUCGUCGAGUGAGGAUUGCGUUAUGAGGAUACGGAAAUUCAGUGAAGGAUUGAUGACGUGGUGAGUUUGAGAGCUGGAUGACGGUCGCGGUUGAGGAUUGUGAGGAAGUUGUGUGAGUGGGUGUGAGAGGGAGGUGGUGCAAUGUACACUUACGCUGGAGCUCAGCACUUGCUGUCUCAAUUCUCCUCUCUCCAUUUGAUUUCUCAGUCUUCAGAGAAGGUUUUUGCUUCCAAAUUAUUCUGCCCGAGUUUUUUUCCAUCUUCCUUUCUACGAGAAGGCACUCAAUUGCGAGUGCGGGGUGGAAGGUUUGAAGACACGCAUUGGCAGUUGCGAGGUUCUGUUUCUGACGAAGGUGAAGAUGGCGAUGCUUAUAUGGGGAGCUUUGAGUCGAGCAGAGGGAAUUCACGGGAACGAAGACAGUCACCGAUGUUGGGAGAGAGGAGAUUCCAUGAUGCUGAGGAGGAAAUGGAAAGUUCUUUCUCGACAAGUUCAAGCGAUUUAGGAGAGAGUGGGGGUGCAAGCCAUUCGUAUUGGAGAGCCUCAACGAGUGCGCCUGGUGAGCGGUCUGAAUUUAAGACAGGUUUCGAGGAUGAGAGAGGGCCAUUCUCUCUUGACCGAGACGGUAGGUGGGGCGGUAGAGAGGGCGGUCGAGGUGGAGGACGAGGUGGAGGACGAGGAAAGGGAUCAGCUCCACAAGAGUAUACAAGAGACCACAGAAACAUGGUUGGAAAGCAAGAUGCUAGAGCAUGGCGCCAUCCGCGAGAUCGACAGUGGCCUCCUCCAAAUCCACGAAAGAUGUAUCCCUCAAAUUUGAGAUACGCUCCUAAUCCUGUAUAUCCGAAGAAGGUGCCCUUCUCCUCUGAAAAGCGAGGCUCUCCUUCGAAUACUAGAAAUCCAAAUGACCAUAAAUCGAUAUGGCGUCGGGAUCAGGAUGGCUGUAACCCUAUUCAUAAUAAUGGCUCUAGGGAACAUCAGGAGUCAAGUGGCAAUGGAGAAGGAACUGGGAAGGAAACAUACUUGCGGCGGUUGCUCAACGCUAGAUUAUUAGACUCUGAUUCGUCUAAGUCCUACAUUCGAGAACCUGCUAAGGAGGUCAGGUUGGAUGAGGAGAGUGCUGGAAGUCGGCCAUUCUUAAGGAGGAGGUCUGUGAUAUCGGAAGAGCAGGUAACGAAUGUAAGUAUGAGCGAUGAUGAGAAGGCACUCAGAGAGGCACUGAAGAAAAGGAGGCAGCAAACUAGGGGAAUUUUAAGGGAACACUUCAUGGAGGCAUCUCUAAGUAAGACUUAUUCACAGCUCGUGGUGGAUAACAUGCCAGCUUUCGUGGAUCAUAUUCUCAUUCAAGCGGUGGCGCUUAAAUCACAAGAACGGUAUGCGACCUCGACGUUUGUGGCACGAGCUCGAGCAUGCCUUGCAGAGACCAAGGUUGCGGAGGUUGUCAAAUGGAUGAAGCACAAUCACAUUACUGUGCCUCGAGUUGGUCAGCUAAUAGAUCUGAAAGGUGUAGAUUUGGAUACUCUGCGUGACAGGAUCAGUUUUCUUAAGAAGAAUUAUGUAAGAGGUCGUGACCUUGGAGUUGUUCUGACAAGACAUCCAGUCAUCCUUGAUAAGCCACUAAAACAGCUCGAGAACAUGGUACAGCUGCUUGAGGAUGCUGGAGUACGAAGAGAUUGGGUUGGGGUUGUGAUAAGCCGAUCGCCAGGAAUUCUUGCGCUUAGUAUAGAUGAACUCCUUGACAAAAUUUCUUUCUUCCAGGAGUUGGGAGUGACACCAGAGCACUUUGGCCCGAUGGCAUUUAAUUUUCCCGCAAGUGUUGGUCGAUUUUUACUUACUGAGAUGCAAGCUAAGGUCGAGUACAUGAGAUGCCUGGGUAUGGCUGAUGCCAACAUUGGUAAAGCGAUUGCUACGAGACCUCAGCUACUUGCUUCCGAUAUAGGGAAUGGAUGGGUGCCCCUGAUUAAGUAUUUUAAACUGCUAGGAAUUCAGGACGCAGGCAUUCUGCGUAUAUUUUGUGUACAUCCAUCCGUCUUUUGCAUGAAUCUCGAGAAGAAUAUUGCACCUAAGGUUCGAUUUUUUCGUGCAAUUGGAAUUCGUGAGGACGCAAUUGGGCAAGUUCUUGUUGCUUUUCCUGCAUUACUAAGCUACAGCCUGGACAGAAAGAUUCGUCCUGUGGUGAGAUUUAUCUUGGAAGAGGCAGGGGUGAAGGAAGAGCAUAUUGGAAAAGUUAUUGCGUUACGACCACAGCUGAUAGGAACAAGUUUGACUUUGAGGCUUCAGCCUCUCGUAAAGUUCUUACGGAACCAUCAGCUGAAGCGUGAGCAUACAGGGCACAUGGUGGCCGAUUUUCCAAUGCUGCUUAGAUACAACCUUGCAAUUGUUGAAUCCAAAUUGCGGUACUUCAAGCGAUCGAUGAAGCGUCCUCUUGAGGACCUUGUUCUCUUUCCUCGGUACUUCAGCUACUCUUUGGAGGAGAGAAUCAAACCGAGGCAACAAAUUCUGAAAUCCCACGGACUGGUUUUCCAUCUUCGUUACAUGUUGGCCUGCAAUGACGAAACAUUUGAUGAUCGAGUUAAGGCAGCACUUGAGAGACGUGCUCUCGGAAUAUCAUCAGAUGAAGGUACCGAACACGAAACUGAAGAGGACGAGGAGUUGACACAGGAAUCCACCACCACCGAAGCUUAUGUUCCAAGAAAGACCAGCAUUUGGGGUGCCAUUAGAGGUGACAGUGCUGAAGAUCAAAAUAUGUCUAAUUUUGAGGUUCCAAUGGCGAUGGUGGAGGAUCGAUUGGAGUUUGAGGAAGACGAUGCUGGUCGUGAAGGAAGUGCUGAGGGGUUGUCAGGCAGAUUACGGAUGGAGAAUGACGGUCAUCCUUACAAUGCAUCUAGUGAGGCUGAAGAUGACGAGUGGUUUCCAGAAGACGGUGACCCAGCAAAUGAAUCUGAAAUUGAUGACGAGGAAAAUGAACAUUUUGGAGAGGAUGAAGACAUUAAUCUCGAUGAAGAUGAUGAUUUUCUCAUGAAGUAUUGUGUGUAGCCAAUGACCCUCUCCCUUGUACAGUUGUGAAGCCUGUAAGACAAUCUUCUGAGAGUACACUUGAUCAGAGAGAAUUCAUAUCCACACAUGUACGUAAAUUACUUGGGGUCGUUGUUCAACUUCACAUUUUGAAGUUUUGCUUCAUUCCUUAUUAAUUUCUAAAACUCCCAUGCACUAAAUUGAGGUCAUGGAACCCAAAGUUUUCCUCUGUUAAAAUUAAAUUUGGAUUGAGAGAUUCCUAUGUA